CCUCAUUUGGAUCCUGAACAUUUGAAGUGGACCUCGGACAACGGCUCAUCUAGUUUUGGUUUUACAAUCUCUGUCGCUUUGGCACGGAAGAGGCAGGUGCACUUAGCGUGAAGAUAAAACCAGACGGAUGACAUUACACUCGUGGUUGGCGAUAUCGUCCAGCAGCGAGUAAAAGAAGGCGGCGGCGGCGGCCGAGCCUCGGCUCCAUUUCGAGGGAACCACCGGGCGAGGCUGCAGCAUGAAGGCCAAGCUGGAUAUCGUGGCCAUGGUCUUGGGCUUCCUGGGCCUGUUCGGCGUGGUGGCGGCCACGGCCAUGCCCAUGUGGCGCGUGUCGGCCUUCAUCGGCGCCAACCUGAUCGUGAUGGAGGUGCUGUGGGAGGGCCUGUGGAUGAAUUGCUACAACCAGGCCGACAUCAAGAUGCAAUGCAAGGUGUACGACUCGCUGCUCGUCCUGCCCGUGGAGCUGCAGGCGGCGCGGGGGCUGAUGGUGGUCUCCUGCGUAGUGGUGCUGAUAGCCUUGGUCGUGGCCGGUUUCUCCAUGCAGAGGAGCAUCUGCUGCCAGGACGACGCCCGGGCCAAGAACAUCACGGCGGCCUUCGCCGGCUGCUUGUUUUUGCUGGCCUGCCUGCUGACGCUGAUCCCCGUGUGCUGGGUGGCGCACACGGUCAUCCGCAACUUCUACAACCCGGGGGUGGUGGAUUCGCGCAAGCGGGAGCUGGGGGCAUCGCUCUUCCUGGGCUGGGCCACCUGCGCCAUCCUGCUGGCCACCGGCUGCCUCCUGCUGCUCAACUAUGCCAAGCGGCGCUCCAAGGAGUACGCCGCCCCCUACGCGGCGGGCUCCUACCUGCUGAGCGCCAGGGGCGGCGGCAGCGUGCGCAGCAGCCGGGCGCCGUCCAGCUUCCACAAGCAUCACGAGUACGUGUGAUGCCGGGCUUUUGCGGUACCGGCUCAGCGGAUUUUUUUUGCUUUGACUUGUGGGCAAAAAGGGCAAAGAAAACUUAAAAAAAGAAGAAAAAAAAUUAAAAUAUGCUUUAAGUGUUUCAUUGAGAGUCCUAAUUGAAGUUGAGGGUCAAACUAAUGCUGUGAACACAAAUGGUGGAGCAACACGUAAACAGAUCAUCAAAUGACAUCAUCACCUUCCAAAAUAAUGGCACGUCAUUUUGAAAGGACAAAACAACGACAGCAAAUAUUGAUUGUAUUCUAUUUUAAAAUAAUUUUAAAUCAUUUUAGAGGUGGCCAGUAUCAUGAAAUGGUUAAGGCAAAAAAAAAUGUAUAUAAUAUUUGAUCGGAUUUUUGUCAAUGUGACUUGUGUAUUAUUUUUAAAAGGUAAAAAAGCCAAUGUGUUUAAAUCUCCCAAUUAUGUUUGCACUAAGGUGAAAAUAAACGGCUUUUCUGAUUCA